AUGUCGAAAUAUGGCCUGGGUGAUCUUCUAGAAGGCCCUGAAGCUUUUGACAUUUAUCUUGGAAGUAGCAGAACGAUCGCAGGGUUUCGAAUCUUGUUGAAAUAUGCAGGCCGUCGAUACCAAUCUUUUCCAUUUAAUGAAUUGCGUUCCCUUCUGCCGGAGACCGAAAACCUCACCAUUGAUGCUCUCGUGUCAUCAAGAUCGGCGGGUUAUUGCUCCCUCUUUCAAUCGUUGGCUUUUGGCAUGGUCCGUCAGACUGCGAUUAAGUGGUCCAAAAUCGACUCAGUGGAGGCGUAUCGGAUACAAUGGUGCGAACUUCUCAGAACCUGCCUCGAGCUUGACCCCGCAGGCCUUUGCCAUCUUGAGGAAGCCGAAUUCCCCUGCCAUGCAACUACCAAAAGUCAAACCGCCUUCUCAUUUCUAAUUGACAAGGCCCCUUAUUGGUUCUUUGAUUCUUCACGUUCGCCAAUCGUCCGAUGGGGCUCAGGUUUUCGACUUCUACAGAGGGGGAUAUCAGCUUGGCUGGAUGUUUUGGCUUUGAAUGGAAUUGAUCUCUUAGACUAUGGGCGCAAAGAGAGACUGCUUCACGAUGAAGGUCUUACAACUACUCGAAGAAAAUGGCAUUACACACUUGGAGUGAAUCACGGAACUUCUCACCUUCUGCUUCGGCUUCGUCUCCUUGGCAUUACAUAUGGAAAAUCGAAAGAUGAUUGGAGGUUUUGGUGGGUCAGCGAAUACGAGCAUUAUGUAGGUGAAUUUUGGGCAAUGGUCCAUCGGGUGGAUCUCGACGUGAAGGUCCCUGGUAGCUGGGUAGAUGAGUUCGAUUAUUAUUAUUACGAAUACCAUCUGGAGCAGAAAAUAGCAAGGGAAUGGUUAGACGAGGAGCCCAUGCCGUUGAUAUGGUCUGAAUAUCAUUAG